AUGUUGGAACCUGAAGCCACCCCGGAGGUAGCCGGAAAGGAUCGGAAGGUCGACUCUGUGGUGGCGGAACUUGAGAGGUCCAACCAGCAAAAGGCGGCGUUGGAGCAACAAAAAGCCUCACUGGAACAUCAGCUCGAGGAAGCCAACCACCUGCUGGGUCAGCUCCGCGCAGACUUGAUUGACCGGAUGCAGCAGCAAGGGAUGCAGGGGAGUCUUGAGGCCCAAGACAAGAGCGCCGGACCGCCCAGAGAGGGCAGUACCCAGAGCCUGCUGGCAAGUGCAGAUGCCUUGGCCUUUGCGACGCGGGCUGCCAUGGAUGCAGCAAAGGCCGUGAAGAAAGCCAAGUUCCAAAGCGGCAUCGCAGCGCUGCCGUUUAGCUCCCCUGGUUUGGCUGUGAAGCAGCACCUUGUAGGAUAUACAGCAGAACCAGUUGCUAGAAGCGCAAGCCCAGCUAUGACACCAAGUCCAUCGUCAUACAGGAUUGCACUUGGAGCAAGCAGAUCUGGAGCAAUGACGCCCUCCAUGCCAACAGCUUCGUCGAGGAGGUCUUGGGAGGCUGUGCCGCAAUUGAGCCAAAGUUGCCAAGCUAUCGCUCAGCUUCCAAUCAACCCUUCUGCCUAUCGAAUGCCAGGGGCCUACACACCAAGUCCAAGCCCACGGGGGCGACAAGCUCAACGGGUGGAUCUCAGAACGAGCUCAACUCCCUCACCGUCGCCUCGCGCACAAGUUCCAGUGGCACCAGUGGCCCAGCACUUUCCAGCACCUCAAACUGGGCCCCGAAGAUUUCAAACACCACCGGUGCAGCCUGCAAAUGCAAAUUGGCUGUACUCGCAGCCGAUCAGUGUCUCGACGGAGGCUGCCAGAUCAUUGCCGAAGCGACGACCCAGUUCCAGCAACCUGGAGAGAGGAAGCAAGGAGUCGUUGGCUAGCGCAACCAGUGCAGAUGGCUUCGAAAGUGCUUGGGAUAUGGCUCCUCAGCUUGGCAAUGCGAAGUGCUUGCAGGUGGCCCCCGACAUGUUUCUGGUGCGUGUCCCAUCUUCGGAGACCGGAACCAGCCCACAGGAACUUACAAGCCAGGAUUCGUUGUCAACAACCUUCCCGCUCCCAGUGCGCAGCGCCUCAUGA